GCCACUGGUGGACAGUGCCGUGGUUUUGUUGGACUUGGUUUCAGCAUUAAGUCCCAUCAAUGCAAGUUAUUGCGAAUAUCUCAUCCUGUGAUUACAUUGAGAUCUAGUAAUGAGGCAUCAUCGAGCUCUUGUAACGUCUAUUGUAGGGCUGAGGUAUACACUAUGGGAACAGGAGUUUGGGGAAGCAUUGGAUUUGUUCCCAGUUGCGGGAGUAGUCUCCAGGCAUCAUUUGAUGCUCAUUUGCAAGGAGCUCUUCAUUGGGUUUCCUUUUGGAGUAAGAGCAGCGAGUUUAUACAUUCUUUCGACUUUGAAACAGAAAAUUUUCGACUGAGACCCCCACCUAGCAACUUUGGGCUGAUAGAGAAGCAGUAUACAGAUAGUUUGAAGUUGGGAGUGUUAAGAAAUUGUCUCAUUUUAUCUGUGUUUGCUGAUGAUUCUAGCAGAUCUGACAUGUAGGUUAUGAAGGAUUAUGGUAUCCAAGAGUCUUGGACUAGAAGUGUUGCUAUUGAAAACUUCUUUCCAAUGGAACUUAGCUUUGAUUGUUAUGAACCUAUUAUGCUUGAGUAAUGGGGAAAUUCUGAUGUUCAAUGAUGAUGAUCCUCGGGUCGUAGUUUGUUAUAAUCAAGAAGCAAAGAGUUUCAGGGAAGCUAGAAUUACUUCGACUACCUUGCCAUUGAUUCAACUUGCUUACCGUCCAUCCUUUGUUUCACUCUAUGAUGUUUCAAAAGGAGAGGAGGUGAAAAGGUUUGCAAUGGUUCCAGGAGAACUUCAUCUUGGGAAAUUGCAUCAAGAUUUACUGGACCUGCGCGGUCAUUUUGAGAAGUUAGUCCUUGAGCUUCAAAAAGCACUGUUAAAAUCUCAAGAGCAAAAGAAAGGUCUUGAGAAACAACUUGAGGAGAGUGAAAACAAAAGGAAAGAGCUUAACAAGGUAGUAUUAGACUAUGAACAUCAUAUCAAGGAUCUUAAGAAUGAUCUUGAGCAACGUGAAGCUCAAAUAAAGGAUCUUAAGAAUAGUGUUGAUCAGAGUGAAGAUGAUAUUAAGAAAGAAAUUGAUCAGGUUGGCUUUUAUGAGUCGAGGAUUGGAAAUAUGACCAAAGAGCGUAAUGGCUUAAUUAACAAGUUGAACAUCAUUGGAGCAGAGCUGAAGGAAGUGCAAGAGGACCUGGAAUUAGGCAAGAAGGUUUGGGAGGUUGAGAGGAUAGCCCUGGCUGAGAGGCUUACUAAUGCAAAGGAGAUGUGGGAGGCUGAGAAGAUAGCACUGACUAAUGAAAUUCUGACAAAAGAGCGCCAGGACUCCACUUGCAAAUACAACGAAGCUUUGAAGGAGCGAGACGCAGCCUUGAGUGAUCUGAAAAACCUGGGAGUAGAGCUAGAAGAUGUUCGAAAGGACUUGUCCGAGUCCCAGGCUGACUUGGAAUUAAGCAAGAAGGUUUGGGAGGCUGAGAGGAUAGCACUGGCUGAGAGGCUUACUAAUGCAAAGGAGGUGUGGGAGGCUGAGAGGAUGGAAAUGACUAAAAAACUUAACCAUGAGUUAAACAAGUUUGAAAUAGAGAUAAAGGAGCUCAGAGAGGAGUUGUCUGACUUCGAGAAGAUCCACAAGCAGCACAUUCAAGAAAAUGAGAACGCAUAUUGCGCAGGGUACCUGACUGGUUGGUUCAAGGAGCCUCAUGCCUACAUUGCCCUUCCAAGCCAUGAGGCAAAGGAGGUUACUCUUCUAGAUCAUGAACCUCUGGAGGCCACAUCUCCACUCUCUCACACUUGUGCCUUAAUUGAACUUUUUGGAAGUGCUGGUCCAUAGGUGCUGAUAUGCUGCCUUUGGGAUGCAUCAUCUGUAUAUGAUUAGGUUUCAGCAUUUGGGGAUUUAGAAUUAUAAAUUCUGUUAGUUCAAUAGAGCACUUGGGUUGAACAAGUUGGGUGUGUGAAAAAGCUAGCUCCCAGUUUCAACGUCUGCAGGCUAUCAUCUUCUGUGUUGUUUGCUCCCAAACAUUUUAGACUUAUAGCGAAUAUUUACAUUUUCAUCUUACAUUCAUUUAAAUAUUGAAAUAGAUCAAUCGAUUGAAAAAAUC